AUGGCGGCAAUUGCCAAAAAUCUUCCUGAAUCUGAGAUGAUUGAAUCUACCUCUGUUGCUAGACCUGGAUUUGUGAAUAUAAAAUUUUCAAACAAGUGGAUAUCUAAGCAUAUCCAAAACAUGUUGGUAAAUGGGAUUGAGCAAUGGGCACCAAUACUUUCAGUUAGAAAGGCAGUGGUAGAUUUCUCAUCACCUAAUAUUGCAAAGGAAAUGCAUGUUGGUCACUUAAGAUCCACCAUUAUGGGUGACACUUUAGCUCGCAUGUUGGAGUUUUCAAACGUGGAAGUCCUUCGAAGGAAUCAUGUUGGUGAUUGGGGUACACAGUUUGGCAUGUUAAUCGAGUAUUUGUUUGAACAAUUUCCAAAUUGGGAGGAUGUUGGGGGAUCAAGCUAUUGGUGA